GGAGACUGAGUGGGGCCCCAGCCUCUCAAUCAGCCGUGGCUUUCCUUCCUCAGUGGGCGCUCCGCCUUAGGAUGGCUAUCUGGGGGCCCCUCUACGGCGCCCCGUCAGACUUUGUCAGUGGAGUUUAAUUUUUUUUAGUUCAUAUUUUAUUUUUGCUUACAGAAGACAAAGCUGUCCCCUUCCCAGAUGGGGAAGAGCUCAGAGAAAAGUUUGUGACUCCUAAAAAGUGAAGGCUUGCCUGGAUUUCACGCGGCCAGGACUUCUCUCUCCUGUUGGCGGGAAGCCCAGAUGACCUGCUUUCCUAUUACUCCUCAGUCUGAAACCUGUCUGCUGGAGUCUGUGUAACUGGGACUUGCGAACCAGGGAGAAAUUGCUGAAGUAGAAGAUUCUGGUGGAGGGGGCGGGAGCGGGGAGACAAAAGAAACCUCUUCUUUGGGCAUACAGGCUAAGCCUGAAGGAUUUCCAAGAUGACCAAGGUACCAGUCACCAAGAAGAUACAGAGUUCCUCCGCCUCGCGGGCCCUCUGGCCCUUGUAUGCAGCAGAUCUUCUAACCCAGGUCCCAGAAAAGCCAAUGAAGAGCAUCAGGUACAUGGACAAGGAAAUAAUAAACCUCAAGAAAGACCUUGCACGAAGCCGCAUCCUGAUUCAGUGGGUGAAAAUUGGUCGUGGAUACUUUACCAUGCUGAGGGAAGAGAGUGCAAUGAAGAAGCAGCAGCAACAACUUCAGAAACUAAAAGAGGAAGAAAUGAAUAAAUUCCAGCCAGCCACAAAGCUGCCAGAAAUCCAGUAUGGGGAUAUUCUUUUGACCACAUACGGGGAGGAGAAGACCAAGAAGGUAGGGGCUGGUGUCAUCCUCCGCCCCUUCACCCCUGUGCAUAGCUGCAUCAUUGCACCCUUGCUGCCUGAGGCUCACAUUGAGCCCAUCUUCCGCCAGCUCUGUGCCCUCCACUGGCUCCUGGAGGCCCUGACUAUCGACCACACCCACCACACCAUGAAGCCUGUGAUCACCUGCUGGAAUCCAAAGGACCCUGGUGGAAGCAAGAACACAAUCAAAAAAAUCAAUAAGGACAAGUCCAUGGGACAGAGGUGGGAGCACUUCGUCACAGCACCAAAGACCAAGAAAUUCAAAAUUCCCGUCACACGCAUCACCAGCCGCAAACCAAGCCGGCGAGGCUCCACCCUCAGUCUGUCUCGGACAAGUGGAGGGUCAUCCCCCCAGGGCAGCAUGAUCUCUGUGAACCCAGGCUCUGAUGAGCCCCAGAGUGUGAUCACCCAGGCGACAGGCAGCAAGGACAUUGAGGACAAUGAAUCGUCUUCGACCAAGCCUGAGGAAGAGCCUCUCCAUGUCAGUCUGCAGAAGCUCCUGGAGAUGGUUCGGGAAGACGCUCGGAGGACAGUCACCAUGGAAAAUGGGAUGCAAAAACAAGCGCCCAGUAUCUUGUCAGUGCUCAGGCAAAACAAGAGCGAUUCUGCCUAUAAAGACAUGCAGACCACCCGCAAAUCAAGUGACAGAUCCAGCAGUACAAGUGGAGACAGCCACUCCCAAGUCCUCCAGAAGAAAUCUAAAAGCCGCACCAACCGUGACAUCAUCCACUCCAAGAGUGGGGUGUGUAACACCCUGAGGGCCAAGUUUUACAGUGUUGCCCAGGAGGCUGGCUUCUGUCUGCAGGACAAGAUGGAAAUCCUCAUGAAGCGCCAAGAAGAAAGAGGUAUCCAGAAGUUCCAUUCUUUUCAACUCGUCUCAACUUUCCAAAAGGAUAUAGCAAAAAUGAGACAUCAAGUCUCCGUGGUAAAAGGAGAUGCAGAAGAAAUUGCAGAUCACUGGUAUUUUGACCUGCUGUCCAAACUCCCUGAGGAUCUGAAGAAUUUCCGCCCUGCCAGAAAGAUCCUGAUAAAACUGCAGAAGUUUGGGGAAAACCUGGACCUGAGGAUCCGGCCGCAUGUCCUCCUGAAGGUGUUGCAGGACCUGAGGGUCUGGGAACUGUGCUCUCCAGACAUUGCAGUGGCUAUUGAGUUUGUUCGAGAACACAUCAUCCAUAUGCCUCAAGAGGAUUAUAUCAACUGGUUGCAGAACCGGAUCAGUGUCCCCAUCAGGGCCCACAGUGCCCAGACGUAGGGGCCUGGGUUGACCAACUAUCCCUGUGAGGGAGAGCUGUCUACACCGUGUUCCGGCUUCCUACCUACUCUCAUGGACACUCAUUAUGAUAGAGCAGGGUCAUCUGGAGCCUGUCUUCUGGCAGCGUUCUAUAGGGAGCCACUCCCAGGUGGAAACUCUACCUCACAGCCCAGCCUGACUCUCCCAACCUCUGAUCCUCAGUGGUCCAGCCUGACUCUGCCUACUCCCUCUCCAGAUUUCAUCACCCUAUACUUCUUCCUCAAAUUCUGGAUAAUAAAAUUGAGCUGAGUGUUUGAUGUCCAGCUGGGAAAAAGUUGGAGCUGUGGAAUUUCGGUGUGGUAUUCAGAUGCUAAUAAUAAUCUACAAUGAUCAUUUAUUGAGCUUUUGUUAUACAACAAGGCUGGGUGAUGUUAUUGCCUAAUGAUAGUAUUUAAAUCUCAGAAUUACUUGGUUAAGUAGGUACUGAUGUUGUCCCCAUUUCACACCAUUGAUGCUAGAGUGUAUUUCUCAAUGUUAUAUAUAUUGUCCUGGAUAGAGAUGAGUGAAUGGAUGGAUGGAUGGGGCAUUUCCCAACAAGGCAGGUGCUGUGCAAGAAAAUCUCAUCCUUAAGAAUCCUUGUAACAGGGAGUUCUUGUUGUGGUUCAGCGGCUUAAGAAUCCAGCUGGUAUCCAUGAGGAUAUGGGUUCGAUCCCUGGCCUUGCUCAAUGGGUUAAGGAUCUGGCAUUGCCAUGAGCUGUGGUGUAGGUCGAAAACACUGCUUGGAUCCUGCAUUGCUGUGGCUGUGGCGUAGGCUGGCAGAUGCAGCUCCAAUUCAAUCCCUGGCCUGGGAACCUCCAUAUGCCGCAUGUGUGGUCCUAAAAAAAAAAAAAAAAAAAAGAAGAAGAAGCCUUGUAAUAUCUUCUGAUGGUUUCCUUUGUAUGAGGAAGCUUAACUUCCAGUCAUUUCAAAAUCUAUGUAGGCUCAUUGCCAUUUAACCUCUUUUCUCAUCUUUGUCCUCUGCUUUCCUACAUUCUCACUAAAUUAUAGGACCUGAAUCAUUUUAACUCUCUCACUGAUGGCCAAGCUGAAUUAGCAGUUAAACAACUGGUCUUGAUUUGCAGUCCUGCACAGAUUAUCAGAACACUCGUAUAGGCUGAAUCUCUCCAGGAUAAUCCAGAAAGGAUGAGGGGGAAGAGAGUUGAACUGGAACUGCUUUUCAGUCUAAGCAACAACUCACUCAUCCAGUCACCUAUUCAGCUAUUUAUUCAUUCAUUCAAUGAAUAUUUACCGAGAGCUCAAUAUGCAUCAACCAAUUUCUAGGUUCUGAGGGUAGGCAAUGACCAAAGCAGACAAGGUCCCUAAUCACAGAGAACAUACAUGGAGACAAGUCAACAAAGGGUGAUUGGAGGGCAGAGAGAUUGUGUGACAUCUGCACUGAUACCCUCUAUUUAGUGUGAUCCUGUGACAAGCCAUCGGGGUGCAGGGGUGAGAUGCAGUCUAUAACGAGUCUGCAGAGUUGAGAUCCUAAACUUCUCUAUACUAAGUAAGAAUUAGGGUGAAGAGGAGCAGAUAAGAAAAGAGGAGGACCAGAAAAAGAGGAGGAAGGAAAAGGAAGCUGAGUAACAUGAGAGUGAGGAGGCAUCUUAGGAGAAAACCAACCAGGGAAAAGUUUCUGGGGCGGGGCCCCUGAAGGAUCUCUAAGAACUACAAGGCAAGCUAGCUCCUUCAACCCCAUCAUCUUGGACCUUCAGUAAUACCUGCCACACAGCCAGGGGAUGUUUUGAGGAAACAGGAGAGGCUGUGUUCUACACCAGAGUCUGCUUGUGGGUAAAGAAAGGGAUUUAGGGACUCAGACCUGAAUACAAUGAAGAGUUUAGUAGGAUCCGGGAGUCAGAAAUAGACCACUACUACCUGAGCUCUGUAGAUUUAUAGAAAUCCUUUUUUUUAGGGCCACACCCAUGACAUAUGGAAGUUCCCAGGUUAGGGGUCUAAUCAGAGCUGCAGC